AUGAACGAAAUAGAUGAUAAGUUUUACUACGUUUAUAGUUCGUCAUUAGAUUAUAAAGUGGAAAUAAAAAUUGGUACUCUAGAAGGUAAACGAGCCAAGCCCGAAUAUGACAUGCUGCUCUCAGAUCCAAUGCUGAAAUUCUCUGGUCUUUACCAGGAAGGUUGUUCUGACUUGUAUGUAACUUGCCAAGUACUUUGUGAUGGGGUACCUUUGGCUUUGCCAGUAACUACAUCAUACAAGGCUUUCACUAAUAGAUGGAAUUGGAACGAAUGGGUGACACUGCCAGUGUAUUACAGUGACCUUCCCCGUAAUGCCAUCCUUGCAAUGACAAUAUAUGACUGCGCUGGGCCAGGCAAAGUUAUGGUAGUGGGGGGCACAACUAUCUCAUUAUUUGGAAAACAUGGAAUGUUGAGACAGGGGAUGUUCGACCUUCGCGUGUGGCCCGGUAUGGAGGGCAGCGAGAAGACCCCGGGGAAAGCUCCCGACAGGGGCAAAGAGCAGAUGCAAAGGCUCGCCAAGCUGGCGAAGAAACAUAGGAACGGGCAUAUACCUAAAGUAGACUGGCUGGACCGUCUCACGUUCAGGGAGAUAGAGAUGAUAAAUGAGAAGGAAAAAAGAAACUCCAACUACAUGUACCUCAUGAUCGAGUUUCCUACUGUACAGAUUGAUGGUAUUGACCAUGCAGUGGUUUACUACGAACAAGAUGGUGACGAGAUGUAUCAGUUCCGAGCGCAAGCAGAGGUCGUGACAGUGCCCGAUUACGAAAUAUUGCAAGAGAAUUUGAUCGAGAGCAAACAACACAGACUGGCUCGUUCCGUUCGCGGUGUUGCGCCGGCGCGUGACGCCAAACCGUCCGCUGCGGAGAGGGAUCGUCUCGCCGCUAUCCUUUCCGCUCCGGCCGCGCCACUUUCUGCUGAUGAACAGGAUCUUAUAUGGAAGUAUCGGUUCUAUCUAUCGUCACAUCGGAGGGCUCUGACCAAAUUCUUGGAAUGUGUUAACUGGAAUCGACCAGGCGAGGUGCGCCAAGCCCUGUCCAUGAUGAAGCAGUGGGCGCCCAUGGACGUGGAAGAUGCUCUAGAACUGCUCACACCAAAGUUCACUCAUCCCGCCGUUAGAAAGUACGCAAUAUCCAGGCUCAAGCAAGCUCCGGAUGACGAUCUCCUACUUUAUCUGCUACAAUUAGUGCAAGCACUAAAGUAUGAGGACUUUCUUGAAAUACACGAGGAGUACGUACGAGUGUGUGGCAAAGACGUCGCAAUGUACUCGGAGGGUGAGGCAAAGCCGCAGCAUCGCGCAAGUCAAACCACUUUACUCUCAGCGUCAGGUCUGACAUCUAGUGAAAUGUCAGCGUCGAUGACGAGCCGCCAUUCUGACAACGCGGAUGACAGUGUCGUCUCUGACACCAUGACGUCUGAGACCCUUGAUAAUACGGAUUUCAAUGAAAAUCCAGAGCCAGAAGAACAGAGCCUAGCUAGCUUUCUUAUCAGUCGGGCGUGCAAUAACCUGGUUCUCGCUAACUACCUUUAUUGGUAUCUUUUGAUCGAGUGCUCGGAUGGUGAUUCUGGGCCACGCGAUAUGCCAACGCGUGGAAUGUACCUUGCUGUCAUGAGGAGUUUCUCACAUCAGCUUGCAAAAGGUAACACCGACUACCAGCGCAUACGCACGUUCCUCGCUCGUCAACAAGUGUUCAUAGACAAGCUGGUGAAGCUAGUGAAAAGUGUAGCGAGGGAGAGCGGAAACCGGAAUCGCAAAGCCGAGCGUUUACAACACUUGCUCGCCGACCCGGACGCGUUCAAAUUCAACUUUGCCAAUUUUGAGCCGAUGCCGUUCCCCUUGGACCCCACCGUGACUAUUAAGGGUAUCGUAGCGAAAAAGGCUAGUCUAUUCAAAUCAGCACUAAUGCCUUGUAAGUUGACCUUCCUUACGUCAGAGGGAAGCGAAUACGAAGCCAUUUUUAAACAUGGAGACGAUUUGAGGCAGGAUCAGCUUAUCCUGCAAAUGAUUACGCUUAUGGACAAACUUCUAAGACGAGAGAAUUUAGACUUGAAACUGACCCCAUACAAAGUACUAGCCACCAGUUCGAAGCACGGCUUCCUCCAAUUUAUUGAAUCUGUGACUGUGGCUGAGGCGUUAGCAACUGAGGGUAGUAUACAGAACUUCUUCAGGAAGCAUAAUCCUUGCGAGGGCGCGCAGUACGGCAUCAGACCUGACACGAUGGACACUUAUAUACGAAGCUGCGCGGGAUAUUGUGUUAUUACGUAUUUAUUGGGUGUGGGAGACCGUCACUUGGAUAAUCUUCUUUUGACCAAGUCUGGCGCUCUUUUCCAUAUCGACUUUGGCUAUAUCUUAGGCCGGGAUCCGAAACCACUACCGCCUCCUAUGAAGCUAAGUAAAGAAAUGGUGGAGGCCAUGGGCGGAGUUCACUCGGAGCAUUAUCAUGAGUUCAGGAAGCAGUGUUACACGGCUUUCUUGCAUUUGCGUAGACAUGCAAACUUAAUGCUAAACCUGUUCUCACUCAUGGUGGAUGCUUCAGUACCUGAUAUUGCCCUUGAACCCGACAAAGCCGUUAAGAAAGUACAGGAUAAAUUACGAUUGGACUUAGGCGACGAAGAAGCAGUUCACUAUCUUCAGAAUUUACUAGACAUGUCCGUGACCGCGGUUAUGGCCGCUCUCGUCGAACAUUUUCACAAGUUCGCCCAGUAUUGGCGGAAAUAA